GGUAUAAAAGCGGCGCGCGCAGGCCGGGUCGCGCGGACGGGUCCGUCGACAAGAUGGCGCCGCCUGGGACCGCCGCCUGGCUGCCGCGCCUGCUGCUGUGCGCCGCGCUGCGCCUGCAUCCGGGCGCCGACGCGCACCCGUACCCGCAGAUGCUGCCUCCCAUGCCCGGGUACAUCCCAGUGUUCAUCCACCACGGCGACGCGCCGCCCGAAGACGCGCUCGCGUACGCGCAUCUCUUCCAGACGGCCGACCAGAACAUCCCGCCCUACGUGCCCUUCACGCGGCACGAGCUGGAUGACCGCCGGGACUGCCUCGCGACGCCGCCGCGUCAGCCGGAGGAGCAGGAGCAGCAGCAGGAGGAGCAGCAGCAGGAGGAGCAGCAGCAGGAGGAGCAGCAGCAGGAGGAGCAGCAUCAGGAGGAGCAGAAGCAGGAGGAGCAGCACCAGGAGGAGCAGAAGCAGGAGCAGCAGCAGCAGCCCAGCACCCCGCAAACGAGCCUUGACGCGGACACCACCCAGUGGGUGGCCGAUUAUCCCACCGACGCUCCUUCCACCUGAACCGCGUGAGGCUGUCUUUUGCUACGUGCACAGCCCCUGCAUCUAACCACCACGUUUAUUUAUUUAUUAAACAUAUUUUCUUCCAUCAAAA